GGACACACCGCCGUGCCUCUGCAGCAGUUCCGCCGCUCCUCCUCUACUCCCGAAGCGUUCAACUCCCUGUUGAAGAAAAAAUCAUCGACCAAUUCGCCCAAUAGGUAUCUCGUCGGAAGAAGAAGGGAUUUUAGUUUGUCUUGCCGAUAUAGCAGUAAUCUAGAGGACGGUAAGAGUUACGGAGAUUGCGGCGGCGGCGACAAUAUCAGUUCUUAUUCCUCGUCCUCCGCUUGUUCGUCGCCGUCGCCGUCCGAGGGUUGGGAUUGGAACAGGUGGACCCGCCAUUUUUCUGAGAUUGAGCAGGCUGAGAACAAUGCCUCUGUUCUCAAGAUGGGUCUCAAAGUUUCUGUCUUGUGCAUGUUAUCUGUGCUUAAAGCUGAAUUUCAAUUGGAAGAUGCAAUAGAGAAGGAAGACUUUCGGGAAGCUGCUAAGUUGAAGACGGCCAUUGCAGAGACUACAGCCAAAGACAGUGUUGCUGAAAUUAUGUCAGAGUUGAAGAGUGCAAUUGGUGAAGAGCGUUAUCACGAUGCGUCGAGAUUAUGCCAAAAUACAGGAAGCGGAUUGGUUGGUUGGUGGGUUGGCUAUUCGAAGGAUUUGGGUGAUCCUUUUGGGAGAUUAGUCCAGAUCACACCAGGAACAGGCAGAUUUAUUGGAAAAUCUUAUAGUCCAAGGCAGUUGAUCACAGCAUCUCCUGGAACUCCACUGUUUGAAAUAUUUGUUGUUAAGGACAAUGAAGGAUAUAAAAUGCAGGUUGCAUUUCUAGAAACGGUCAAAGGAAAUCCAGCAAAUUCAAGUUCGUCAUCUGAUAAAUCUACCACCAAAGGGCCCUCAGUAGUUAAAGCCAAGAAUACAUCCGUAAUCGAUAUCAAUCUCGAAGGGAAGGAAGUGGAAAGUGGAGAAGUUAAAGCCGAGAAUACAUCCAUAAUCGAUUUUGAGCUCGGAGAGAAGGAAGUAGAAAGAGGAGAAGUUAACAUAGAUUCGGAAGAAGCUGCCAAGGAAGGAAUAAAGCACGUCAUAAAUUUUAUAAAGGAAAAAAUCCCAGAACUUAACUUCAAAGCGGUGAGAGUUGAAAUUACUGCCGAGGCUAUAAGUAAGGAUAAUGAAGAGCAGUUUAUUGAAGAAGAUCAUGAGAACAUAACCAGUGAUGACAUUAACAAGGAAGAUAAUGACAUAGAUAACUCCGAUCUAGACAUAAUAGAAAAUGCAAGUGAUUCAGACGUAAAUCUCUUCAUUGGAGGUGUGUUGCAUAAUAAAGAAGAAAUUCUCGCCAAUGAUGAGUAUAUUCGUGUCCCAGCUGAUAUUGAGAAUGUGGAGAGGGAUUCCUUUGUGUUGCAUAUUCCUAGGGGAUAUAAGGAUAAUGAUACUGAAGAAGAUGUUGCGUCUAAAGUUGAGGUGGCUGCAAUAGCUGCACGAGGUGUAUCGGAACUUAUGCCUCCUGAGGUUGCAAAGGCUUUCUGGAACAUGGAUAAAGUUUCUCCUAAGAUUUCUAGGGACGUGCGUGAAAUACUGAAGCUUGCCGUCAUUGAGGCCCAGAAACGAAGCAGACUGUCCGAGUAUACUAAUUUUAGUCGAAUCACCACUUCCAAUGGCGAUUUAGAUCCUUUCAAUGGCUUGUAUGUUGGUGCUUUUGGCCCAUAUGGUCCUGAGAUUGUACAAUUAAGGCGCAAAUAUGGGAACUGGAAUACACAUAACGAUGAUUCGUCUUCUGAUGUUGAGUUCUUUGAGUAUGUUGAGGCAGUCAAGCUGACCGGGGAUAUGAAUGUUCCUGCCGGCGAGGUAACAUUUCGAGCUAAAGUAGGCAAAGGAAAUCGCCUCACUAACAAGGCGAAGUUGUACCCUCGUGAACUAGGAGUCGUUGCAAGUUACAAUGGUCAAGGAAGAAUCGCGGAAUUUGGGUUUCAAAACCCCAAAUGGGUCGAAGGCGAGCUUCUUCAACUCGAUGGCAGGAGUUUGGGAGUCCCAUAUAUCAAUGGCGUGAAUUUGGGUUUUCUUUAUGCUGUCCCGGAGCAAGCUUUUCUCGUGCUUUUCCAUCGUCUGAAACUCCCGGAGUGAGUGCUGUCUAAAAAAUUGCAUCUCCCUCUCUUUAUUUUUUUCGGCAGGACAGUAAAGAUUAUUAGUGGGUUUUUUUUUUUUUUUUUUUUUUUUNCAUGUUUGUUUACAGUGAGAGGUAUUUUGCACUGUGAUAUUA